UGGCUUUCCCACCACCCAGCUCUCCCGCCUGCACGGGUCCAGCCUGGCAAGGCCGGCCGUGGUCACCCACAGUCCAGGCGGGUCCUACGACCCGCCGCGGGGUUAGGUUCCGCACUGCCGGAGGGCUAGCGGCCAAAGAAGGUGGGCGCGGAGCCCCGCCCCCAUCGACAACACUGCUCCAGCGCUUCAUUACCCGCAAGGGCCAAGGAGAAGAAGUAUGUCCCAGGCGCCACGCCGUCUUUUUCCAAGGUAACCCGGCAGCCUCAGCAACAGCGCGCAGCCUGCGGGUGUCUCCCGGGACCCAGCGCCAUGGCGGCGGCGAGUCCCAGCGUAUUCCUGCUCAUGGUUAACGGGCAGGUGGAGAGUGCUCAGUUUCCAGAGUAUGACGACCUCUACUGCAAGUACUGCUUUGUGUAUGGCCAGGACUGGGCCCCCACAGCGGGUCUGGAGGAAGGCAUCUCACAGAUUGCAUCUAAGAGCCAAGAUGUGCGGCGAGCGCUGGUGUGGAACUUCCCCAUUGAUGUCACCUUUAAAAGCACCAACCCCUAUGGCUGGCCACAGAUCGUGCUCAGUGUGUAUGGACCAGACGUGUUUGGGAAUGAUGUGGUCCGAGGCUAUGGGGCAGUUCACGUGCCCUUCUCUCCUGGACGGCACAAGAGGACCAUCCCCAUGUUUGUGCCAGAGUCUACGUCUACACUGCAGAAGUUCACAAGCUGGUUCAUGGGACGGCGGCCUGAGUACACAGACCCCAAGGUGGUGGCCCAGGGUGAAGGCCGGGAAGUGACCCGUGUCCGUUCUCAGGGAUUUGUCACCCUCUUCUUCAAUGUAGUGACCAAGGACAUGAGGAAAUUGGGCUAUGACACGGGGCCUGUGGACACACAAGGGGGUCUGGGGCCCAGCCUGCACCAGGGCAAUUUGCAAUGAAGUCUUGGAACCGCUCUGCCCACCACCCCAGGCCAGGCACCCCACAGCUCUUACAGUCAAGGGCUGGACCGCAAGUGCAUCUGAGGGGCUGGGGGCGGUUCAGAAAUGUUUUAUAUAAUAAAUACCACAUUUUUAGA